AGCGACCCGGAUCAAGUAUUCAAAUGGUAGCUUCGUACUGAAAGCGUUGGCCAUGAUCGAUGGCAUCCGGUCCUGCCGACCCCGGAUGAAUUCGCGAUCAAGCAAACGCACCGCGCGCGCCGAGUAAGCAUAGCCGCCGGCCCCGCUCGGGAGCUAGCACUGGUGCUGCGCGCCGUGUCCGCGCCCGCGUGCGCUGCAGUGCUCCCUACUCUGUUCUUGAUAAGACGAUCACGACAACACGUCGCGCCCUAAAGCAGCAGCCGCCCUAGCCGGCUAGUCUCACAUCGACGCCGCGACGGGAGUGGAUUGGACUCUUCUUCUCCUCCUUCUUCUUCCUCUUGCCGUUUCUUCCACUCCUUGGCUCGGGUCCGCGGGAUCGCCGUGCCCCUGCGGCUUCUUUCGGCCCCGGACGGGAUGCACCAGAUCGGGAGCGGCAUGUACGUGUCCGGCCCCGCGCCGGACAGGAAGCGGGAGCGGCGGCUGUCGUCGGGGUCGGCCGCCACGCCGCCGUACACGGGCGGGGACGUGGCGCGCUCGGGCGAGCUCGGCCGGAUGUUCGACAUCGCCGCGUCGCAGUCGCAGGCGCCGUCGCCGGCCUCCUCGCGCCGCAGCUCCGGCCCGCUGCCCCGGCCCUCGCCGUCGCCGGCGUCGGGACCGCUGUCGCAGCUCUCGCACCCGGGGCUCCUGGUCGGGCCGUCCCCGUCCCCCGCGCCCUCUCCGUCGCCGGCGGUCGGGUCGUCGAGGAAGGGGAGCGGCAGGAGGCGCGGCGCCGGGAACGAGGCGGGCGCGGCCGUGGCGGCGCGCGGGACGGCGAGGCUCGGCGUCCCGUUCGCGUGCUACGUGCUGGUGGCCGUGGCGGCCGCGGCCGCCGUCGGCGCCGGGGCCUUCUGCCUCGUGUCGUGGCGCCGGUGGGAGGUCCUCGCCGCGGCGGGCGGCGCGGUGGCCGCCGUCGCGGCGGUGUUCGCGUCGAACGCGUGCCGGACGGCGGCCGAGGCGGAGAGGUUCUUCCGCCGGUUCCCCGAUACGGUGUUCGACGACCACGGCGGGGACAUGCCCAUCGGCGAGCUCGUCAAGAUCACCGGGCAAGUUACCUGCGGUCGCCGCCCCCUGGGUGCCAAUUUCCACGACGCCGCCAGGUGCGUGCUCACGUCCGUUCAGCUGUUCGAGCGCCGUCGAUGGGGCUGGUGCUGCAGCCGUCGGCGGUGGCGGCUGAGACACUCUGAGGCACGGGUGACGAACUUCUACAUCUCUGACAGGAACUCGGGCAAGAGAUUCUACGUUCGUGCUGGUGAGAGCGCCUUGAUCACUCCUAUGAUCAAACAGAAAACAAUCAGCUUUGACGGCGACAAGAAGGACGCUUCACAAAACUUGAAGAGAUUGUUGGCAACCAACGAGUUGUCGUGCAAUGGAGAUUUGACUGUUAAAGAAGGGUUAAUCAGAGAAGGGGACACAGCAAGUGUGAUAGGCAUCCUGAAGAAACACCAUGCCUGUGACAUCGUGGAUGCACCGGCCGGUGUGGUCACCACCGGUUGCCAGCUGAUCCGGUGCAUGUUCCCCGUCUUCGUUGAAGGGCUCAUACUGAUCGGAGAUGAAGACCCUGACGAGGCUGUAUAUAUGGUCUGAACUAUAGAUACAUAUACAUGCAUAUUCAUACACUAAUGUACUAGAAUUCACGCCCUGCUGUCUAUCACGGAAGAGGAGUUUUAGUAUCUUCCAUGGGUUUCUGAUAAAAGGGAUUUACUACUUACGUAGCUGAUGGAGACGGAAUGAUGUAAAUUAAAGUGGUAUUUGUAGGUUGUCAGUAGCUUAGCUGUAUUAUUUUUGGGUCUCUUUACAAGAGGACUGCUCAUUUGUUUGUUGGCUAAGACUUGAUGUUUAUGUGCCCGGUUUCUUUUGAAGUUUGGAAUGAUCAGUUUUUGUUUGUUGCAACUA